AUGCUGCGUGGCAUUUUAAUCAACCUCAUCAACUAUUCUUAUGCCGGUAAUAAUGGGUUUUCAGCUCGGCGGGAUGAGGCGAGGGAAAGCCGCCAACUUAAUUUUGUGACUUCUUUCUUUGCUCCAUUCUCUCUUUUGUCGUCGUGUUUUGGUAUCGGAAAACUUCAGCUUUGGUUUAUGAUGGAUCGCAAGGACGAAGCACAAGAAUUGCCAGCGGGAGGUGGAGAAGAACAUGAAGAGGUUGUAAAGUCGCAAAAAGAAAAUACAGAAGAGGAUGAGAAUGACGAUGAGGAGGGUGGCGAAAAGAAAAACGAUACCCAGGAAAGUGACGACAAGAAACCUGAUGACGAGAAAGUUAUGCCUAAGAAAUUCUGGAUUACGGAACUGCCAGACCCAGAAGAUACUGAAUUCAGGAAAUACACUCAUCGCACUCCAGUUGAGGGUACCCAUGAUUUCUCAAUCUACGAGCCGGGGAACAAGCAAUGCAGUAUGUGGGAGUCACAUCCGGAUCAUGAGUGCUACUCAUCGUUUGGAGAUGGAGGGACAACAGCAACUGUGAAUGCGUUUGGGCAACUCAUGCAAUUCAGCACUUAUCUUGGCCCAGGAAAAUCUGGCAUGUUUUGUGUAGACCAUACAUCUAUCUCUAUUCCCUAUUUCGUUCGGAGCAGAGCGAAUCAACUGGAUCGCAUGUCCCGGGCCCGCAAUCGAGGCAGGAUGACGUACGGUGUAUAUUUCCCAGAUCUGAUUCUAGAAGAUGAUUUGGUCCGGAAAUACGUACACUGUAGGUGGCCGCGGUAUGAAUACGAGAGCGAAAAGGCCAAACUCGUCAACCAAUGGAUGGUGCAUGAUGGAGUCGUUUUACAGCAGUGGCGGUUCACUAAUCUCGAUACUGAAGAAAUCUCAACGAAAGUUGUGUUUUCGAAAGACAUGCUCAUUCGGGAUGUGCAGUAUCAGGGAUGGAGUCUCUUCAAAUCUUUUUGGGGUACAAAUAACAACCACCACUUCUUGGGACCGGAAAGUUAUAGCUGGAUAUGCUUGCAUGGAUUAUCGGAAGAUGACUCAACUAAAACUGGAGAAACUAGGCCAAUGGACAAUUCUAUCGGAGUGAUCGUGUCUGUAUUCAUUGACGGUGUUGCCGUGAAAUUCCACUCCAAUGAGGAAUGGAAUUUAACCGUCGAAAUUGAACAAACUAAAGAAGUUUUUGUUGCAUAUAAGUUGGUAUAUUUAACGUCGGAGAUUUUAAAUGAUUGGAAACAGUUUUUGGUGGAGGCGGAUAAAGCGAAUGUCAAUAAUCUGUUAUUAAAAGAGUUUGAAUCGACGCAAUAUCGUCCGAUACAACUUUCCAGCCUUAGAGAUUCCAUACCCAAUGUCUCUGCUAGUGAAACUACGGCGUGGGAUAAGAUCAAGAGUAACCUUGACUUCAUCUUCCAAAGGCAUCUGGAACACAUUCUUAACGUUUGCACGAUUCCCAUUACAUCUUACCAGGGUAGCAAUGAUACGCCUGCUGUAGCCUUGACGUGUGGGGAUAUGUCAGCUCAUCGGAUCUGUACUUCAGCUAGUUUCUUUGCGUUUCUGUUCCUUCUCCAAGCAGACUCUCAUCUACGAUUAAUCGAAGCGCCUGGCGAAAUAUACGUUUCAUCACUUCGAGAUAGAAUAAAAAAAGUAUGCAAAGGACAUUUGAUAUGGCUGAAUGACGCAGAGUUAUCAGAAGAUGGCUUUUUUGAAUCCGGCUACGCGAUUAGCGGAAAGAUAUUGAACUACGAAGAGUUGGGAGAUAAACCAUCAGGUAAUCUUCUUACAGAUACAGCAUUUCAGAUCAUUAAGGCAGGGGAAUUUGCUGAACAUUACAGUAAAGAUUUUGGAAAAAACGAGGGUCAGCUGGCUCGCAAAGUUGUCAGGCUGAUUCAUAGCAAUUGGAUAACGCAUCUAGAUGAACUCGAUGAGAGAGGCAAGUUUGCAUGGCCUAGACCUCAACGCGAGGAUCUCCGUAUCUUCCGCCUAGAUGACCAUGUCUGGGCUAUCAGGGCUCUUAAGAUAGCUGAAUCCAUGAUCUCCCUCAAACAAUUAGAAGGAGAUAUCCCGGAACAAACUAUUGGGGCUUCAACGAGGCCAACCAAGUCAGUUUUGGCAAAGGAGUAUUCUUUCGCCAAUACGAAGCGGGAAGUUGUACAACGAUUUACCAUCCAAAAUCCAAACUACCAAUCUAAAAAGAGAAUGCUAGCUGUGACAAGAUCCGUACGGGAAUCCAGAUUCUUGUUUCAUGCGCGAGAUAGCGCGCUUUUCUAUAAUGCCGACCAAGUGGAAUGGAGAGGCACUCAAUUUAUUGAGCUGUUGAAAAACACAAUUGACUCGCAACAACAUCAUGUGGAUAAUGAUGAGUCUGGCUGGGACAAUACACUUCGCUAUGCUUUAGCCAUAAUCAUGGGUACUGGCGGGUACAAGAUUAAUGCAAAGUCGUCGUUUGAACUAGUCCAUUCAUCUAUCGAUAUCCUUUUCCGAAGCUUUAGUUCCAACGGGUUUGUUCCGGGGCAGCUAAAUAAGGACACGAAGGAGCAGGCUUUAUUCCAACUGAAAGAACACGCAGACUCCUAUUAUCACGCUAGUUUUGAGAUACCCUAUAUUCUUCUUCAAUACGCUACUAAAAUAUACGGUCUAUAUGAAACGCAGCUUUCUGAGAUGAUAGCUUCGGAUUUCUUAGCUACUGCAGAACCGAUGACCGAUCUUGGUAAUUCUCAACACACAAAGCUUCAGCGACGUGAGAGUAUCUUUGACACAACUCUAGUCUCAAUACCGGCAAAUGAACAGAAUAAACCAGCAAAAGUCGUAGAUACUAUGAGAGCUCGGACAAAUGUUACCAUGAAGAAAACAACCCCUUUCAAUGACUUGAUCGAUAUGAAAAAUAUUGUAGACCGUGAUGAUGAAUGGCUAUACAAUUAUCCCUCCAUAUUUUCGAGAAAGACCACAAUCGAUUUAAAAGAAGCACUACGGUCCGCAAAAUCGAGCGCGAGUUACUCAGAAAUUGGUGAUGGUGUCAUCAGAAAGAAACUUGACAAUUUAGAGGGAGAUCUUUCUGAUGGACUUGCAAGGUGCAAUUACUGUUUUGUUGUUGAUACAAAAAAAACGAAACAUCUCGGGAGAGGGGAUGAGCGAGGUGACCUAAGCCUACUAUUUCACCGUUACCAGACCUGGGUUACCCUCGGGAGGCCUCGUACUCCAGAGCUAGCCAAGAAACGCUUGAUCUGGAUGCCUCUGGUUGGUGAGUUUCAAGCUGCUUUGUGCUACUUAGCCACUCCUGAAAUAUAUCAGAUGUCGGUCUCCUCAUUUUUUGAUCGACAUGUGAAAAACGAAAGUUAUUUCUUUGAAGAUACAGCUCUUUUGGCAAAUUCAUGGGAGACUGAGUUCCAUCUGAGUUUCUAUUCACUCAUCGAUUCAGAUUCCAAUCAUGCUGAAGGAAUAGCUACUUCAUCCAUGGAAGAGUUCCCAAGUGGUAAUCAAAAAAAGAAGAUCGCUCUUGCUUCUAUGGGCUUCCGCUUUGAUGGCGAUAUUUUUGAUCGAUAUUGGACUGGUUAUUUUUUAGAGAAUGUUCCAGGUCUGUACAGAGAGGACCUAUUUUAUGACACAGACGAAAGCCACCAAUCCCUAUUCAUAAAAUCGAACAUCAAAGCCUACAGACAAAGAAAAGUACUUGAACUGCAAUUCUUUGAUCGGAUGAUAAAACAAAUGGUCCGAUGCACACAAGAAAUAUCUUACUCGAUUAAAGAGGAGUUGGGAAUGAAACAGGGCGCUUUGUCAUCUUCCGUUCUGAGCAGUGAUGAUUAUUUUAAUUCGAGUGUCCUAUGGAACAAAUAUCAACACAUUUUACAUGUUAUUGAGGAGGAGCUCGAAUCUGCAAUCCGAGUUAUCGAGAAAUGGGAGAAGAGAGAGGAUGACAGAAAAGGGGAAGAACCUCGCUGGACACGAAAUGACGAGACAAAGUAUCGCGGUAUUAUCAACAAACUCAAAAGCUCUACGAAAAGGCAAAUUAUGGACCUAGAUGGUGCAUAUAGGAAUAUCAAAACUCUAAGGGAAACUAUCGUAAAUAGCCAGGACCAAAUUCGUAAUGACUUGAGCCUUCAAGGGUCCGAGAAUAUUCGAUUCUUCACUUAUGUUACUGUCGUUUUCCUGCCUCUUGGGUUUGCAACAGGUAUUUUCAGCAUGAGCGGUGCGCCAGAUGGAAGGGUGCUUGGCGGCAUGGCAGCUUGUGCUGUUGUCGCUCUCCUCUUCACGGUACUGGCUUUACUCAACGCUAAACAACUAGCUAAGAUCGUGGAUGACCUAUUCUCUGUGUAUCACAAAUAUUCUCAAGCAAAAAUGGAAAGGAGUCUUCUAGUCUACGAUAAGAAGAAGCGGCGAAACGCCUCUCAGGACGUUGAAGGAGCUGACAAGAAACAUGACGGAGUCAAGCUUAAAGCAAAUCCUCAUCACAAACAGCGCGAAAUGCCCUCAAAGGUUGAGACUUGGAUUCUCUUAAUUCAUGGUGUUUCAACUCACUCCAUCACCAGAACCGACGAAGGACUCGGAUGA